AUCCUCAAGUCUGAUAAGGGCCGGCGGCAGCGUCUUUUCGACUCAAGUUUGGUCUAAAACUCCAACAGAACCGGAUGAGGCGCCACUUGUUCGCGAUAAUUGCAGCUUGAACUCUCUCGCUGGAAGCUAAGAUGAAAAAGUUUGGCCGAGCGCUGCUCGUUCUCUCGGCCCUGACAAGUUGGUGUGCGCUCGGUUGCGCUUCGGUGUGUCCCGCCGUGGAGGAGGCGUUCGGAUCCGUGGUCAGCCUGCUGCGCCCCGGGCAGCAGCACCCGCUUCUGGGCGAGGACUCGCUCGUCGCUCUCUUUAAUACACUGGAGAACCGUGUGCAGUGUGGACAAGUGCCGUGUGGAAAGUGCAACCUAACAGAUGCCGUUCACCAGCUGAUCCACAAUCACAGCGACCAUCGGCAGGGAGGCGGCGAAGAAGAUCACGCCUUUGACGGGUCGGGAUUUACUGCCCUCGCCGCUGGCUGCAUCCUGUACCUGUCCUCUCCUGACACGGUGUGCACCGUGGCGGGCCAGGGGAGGUGGGGGCAGGAGGUAGAACACUUCUUGGAUGGAAUCGCAAGCGGGAAUUCCCAUGAGCAUCACCAUGAGGAAGAUGAGGAGGGGGAGGAGGGCGCGCCGUGCCACGGGCGUGAAUAUCAGCACAUGGGCCUUCGUGGAUUAGAAGGUGUGCUCGGACAACUUCUGAAGCACUAUGAGUCAUCAGACAUUGAGAGCUGCGUCGAAGCAAGCGACGUCAUGUCGGAGGUCGGCGCCCCAUCAGCGGAGCAAACCCAGGCGGCGGGUGCAGUUCUGGGCCGGGUCCUGUAUCACGCCCUGCGAGGUCGAUGCUUUCAAUCGCUCCCUGAGGAGAGCUUCUUCCUGGAUUACAUCAUGCACCGACUGGGCUCUGAGAAUUUCACCAUCGCAGACCUGGAAGCUGUCAUGAAGUCUCUGGACGUCGGACCCAGCUUGGAGUGGAGCCAUGGACCCGAGGAGGACGAGCACGCGCACGAUGAUCACGAUCAUGGCAGGCGACGCCAACAUUCGGAAGCAAACGGCACCUGGGAGGAGCACUGUUUUUCUGCGCACGAACUGGUGCUGAUCCACGGCCUGGGAGGGAAGUCCCCCACCCUGGGUCGCUCUGACCUGGCCCGGCUUAGCCCGGCUCUGAUCCAGCAGAUCCUGAGCGGGGCCUGCGCCGCCUCGCACCCGGCGAAACCAGACGAGCUCAGCAAAACGGAGAGGUACCUGUACGCAACCCUGGCCAACGCGGUCAUCACGUUGGCGUCCAUGUUCGGCAUCGUGCUGCUGCUGUGCACGUCGUGCACCGGCGUUUUCCAGCUGUGCAUCCAGUUCUGCAUCAGCCUGGCCGUGGGCUCGCUCUCGGGGGACGCCUUGCUGCACCUGCUGCCCACGUUUCUGGGCCUGCACGUGCACUCGGACGAAGCCGGCGGCAGUGGGCUGAGGCACGACCAGCAUGGGCAUCAACAGCCGGAGGUGUCGGACUACGUGUACAAGAUGCUGGUGGUGAUGGCUGGCAUCUACUACUUCUACUUGAUGGAGACGGUCUUCAACAUCGUCACGCACAGACAUCACCAUCACGGGGACGAAUCUGAGGAUCACCACUGCGACCACGGACGUGUUCUAGAGAUGUAUCAACAGGAGAGGAAACAAAAAGACAAAUUGCACUCAACUUCCAAAGCAGACCUGGUAAAAGAGGAGGAGGAGGAGCAUGAACGCAACCUUCACAGGUCCAGAGAGCGGACCAGAGAAAAACGGCUGCUGCCUUACAUGAUCACCUUAGGGGACGGCAUCCACAACUUCGCCGACGGCCUGGCGAUGGGCGCCGCCUUCUCGCUCUCGUGGAAAUCCGGACUAGCCACGUCGCUGGCCGUCCUCUGCCACGAGCUGCCUCACGAGCUAGGCGAUUUCGCCAUCCUUCUCCACAGCGGCAUGUCGGUGCGCCGGGCGCUGCUCUUGAACCUCGCCAGCGCCAUGACGUCCUUCGUGGGCCUCUACAUCGCCCUGAGCGUAGCCACCGACCUGGCCACCACGCAGUGGAUCGCCGCCCUCACGGCGGGCCUCUUUCUCUAUGUGGGCUUGGCCGACAUGCUGCCCACCAUGAUCCACAUCAAGUCCAAGAGGCCGUGGCUGAUGUUGGCGGUGCAGAGCGUUGGCCUGCUGAGCGGCUGGGGCAUCCUCCUGCUGCUGUCCCUCUACGAGGAGAGCUUCAGCUUCUAGCAGCCUUGACCCUGCUUUGGUCUCAACACGAACAAGGAUCACUUGUUUUCUAGGAUGUUAAAUGUUUUAAAUGUUUAAAAAAAAAAAAAAAAAACUCUUGCAGACACAUUGUGCAAAAGUCUUUGCCUGCAGUUGGAUUUGUUGUUUCAGCAAUGUUGUAAUGACGAGUGGUGGUCAAAGUACAGCCCGUGGGCCACACAUUGCCCGCUCUGCUCUUUAAUCCGGUCCAAUUAACAUUAGUUUCAGUUUUUUUCCGUAUGAAAUUAAUUUAAUAAAAAUAGGUCUUAUUUUUUUGCAUUUAGUUGCAAAUCAUUUGUUCAUUCAUGUAUUAGUAAAAUGACCAUGAAUUAUUGCAUUAUAAAAAUACCAAAUUACAUCAUGUGCAAAAAUAAGUACAACAAUUAUUUGCAAAGCAAAUUAUUUGCUUUUUGCAAUUAUUUGCUUUUUGCAAAGCAAAUAAUUGUUUAGUUAAUUACAAAUGAUCAACAAUACACCUUAAAAAUGAAAAUUAGUUUUCAAUAAACCCAUUUAAAUUUUUGUAUUGUAGAGAAUAAUUGGUUAAUUAUAUAUUAUGAAUGUUUUUUUAAAGAUGAGCUUGAAUCAUUAUUUUAUCAUUAAAAUAAAUUAACAUUAAAUACAAAAAAAAUAAAAUUGCAUGCCUCGGUAGGUGCUACUGUUUUUGGUUAGCAACACAGGGACCCCACAGUCAGUCUACUGUAAUACUAAUCGUCUUUAAAGACGCCGCUUGCCGUUAAAACUGCGCAGAGAACUCGUUUAAUCUCCACACUUGAAUUUAUAUGAGGGCUGUUUACAUGCUUAGUAUGUGCUGCUGUUUUGGUUAGCGACUGAGUUCAAAAGGGCUCAGCAUCAAACUUGUUCACGUGUGAAAAAUGUCACAAAAAAUUGGCAUUUGAACAGGGCUGUGUAGAUUUUUUUACCCACCGUAAAAUCUCAUUAUACAAUCUCAUUGUACUGUAUUGUUUAUCAUUUGUAUUCAUUUGAGAUAUAUUUUAAAAUGUUUGCAU